AUUUCUCCCCCUCAAAAAAUAAAUUUAUUUGGCCCAAUUAAUCCCUCGAUUUACUGGUAGAUCAAGAUAAAAUAAUUAUUCGUUACAGUUGUUGAUUAUAAAAUCAUAGCUUUUCUAAUUGUAGCUUAAAAAGACUAUCCAUAUUUAAUAAAGAAGGCUUUCUCAUCUUCCUUAAGCUCGCCACCCCAUAACACACUCUCCCUCUCUCUCAAAUUAAAUAACACAGAAUUUUUUCUUGCUAAUUUCGCACACACAUAUGCACACAGUGAAGGAGAGUAGCAGUUUGAAGAAGAUGGGAUCCAAUUCGGUGGCAGAGGAAGAAGAAGAAGAAGAAGAGUACAUAAACAUGGAGCUUGCAUCUUCCCCCUCCAAAUCCCCACAGCUGAAAGAGUUCGAAUUCCAAUUCUUCUCCGCUCCCACGCCCGACGAAUCCGCCGCCGACGAGCUCUUCUACAAAGGAAAACUCCUCCCUCUCCACCUCCCCCCUCGCAGGCAAAUGGUCGAACACCUUCUGCGCACCGCCCCCUGCACCAACUCCAACACCCCAUCCGAUUCCCGCAACAUCUCCCCCUCCGAAUCUCGCAGAGUCAGCUGCGACCUCACCGCCUUCGAAUGGCCUACCGAAAUCAACUCCUUCCACAACAAUCACCAGCCGAUUCGAAGCACCGCCACUUCCUGGUCCAAAAAGCUCAAGAUGAAGCGCUCUAUCCUCGCUCACAAGCUCAAAUCAUUCUUCACCAAAUCGGAUCCCCAAAAUUUGUCAUCUAAACCCGACCUCGCUGUCAAAUACUCCAGAUUCGGGAAGAGAUUCGCAACAUUGAUAAAAAGGAACGGAAUUGACGACCACCGGAGAUCCUUUUCCGGCGCAAUCAGCGCGGAUUUUUCAACGACGACGACGAAUUGCUCGUCUUCGUCGUCGACGGCGUCGUCCUCGUUCAAUUUGAGCGGUCUGCAUGAGCUGCAGUUUCUCCGGCGGAGCAGCAGCGCCGCGGAGAUUGAGGUGUCCAUUAAUGCAGCUAUCGCUCAUUGCAAAAAAUCGAUGAUUCAUUCCUCUUUGUCAUCUUCUUAAUAUGUGUGAUAGAUAUCGAAUUCGAUGUUGUAGCAUUCAAAUUUCCUUGAUUUUGUUGAGAAGGUGAUGCUGCAGUUUCUUAGAUGAAUUCAUGUUUCUAAUUCAAAAAUUAGAGUAGUUAAUUUUGGUAUUGUUAUUUUAUCGUAUAGAAAUUACCUUUUUGGUA